CGUGAAUCCGAUUUGGAUGGAGGGCUAGUGCUCGCGGGAAACCGUCGGUCUCCUUCACACUAUCCUCUUUCCGGCGACAUACGUGGUUAUCCACGUCGGAUGCGGUUUGUCAGUUUAGGAACCGCUCUCCAUCUCUCUCGCAUUUUGAGAGAGAGGAGAACUUCAUGUCGGCUCGUGAAGUGUUUUUCCUUCGUCAAGUUACAAAUAGGAAGCCUGAAGCGUUUAUUUCGGGGACGCUAGGGCUUUGGUUCUGAGGGAGUUUAUUGAUCUAUUUGAUUUUGAUGUGUGGUAUCGCUGUGCCUUUCUUCUGCUCUGCAUCAGAUAAGAGUUUGAUCGAAGAAUAAGCAUCUGAGAUGGACAUAGCUCAACUUUCAAUAGUUUAUCACUUUGGCUUGGUCCUGGCUGUGCUUUGGAUAUCUUCUUCAUUCAAUUGCUGCCACCCAGUUGUUUACUUUAUAAGUUUUAUUUACCUCUAUCUGGUUAAUGAACGUUAUAUUUUGAGAUUAAGGAAGAGGUUACACCAUGAAGAGAAGAAGCAGGCAUAUCAGAAAAGGAUUCUCUCUGAUUCAGAAACAGUACGGUGGCUAAACCAUUUGCUCGUGAAAGUAUGGCCUAUCUGCAUGGAGCAGAUUGCUUCGCAGAAAAUACUCUUGCCUAUUGUGCCCUGGUUCCUGGAGAAGUAUAAACCGUGGACAGCAAAGAAGGUGGUGGUGCAAGAAUUGUACCUGGGAAGGAACCCUCCUCUGAUCACUGAAAUGAGGGUUGUUGGACAGUCAGCUGACGACGACCAUCUGGUUUUGGAGCUAGGGUUAAAUUUCCUGUCUGCAGAUGAUAUGAGUGCAAUACUAGCAGUGCAGUUAAGGAAAAGAUUAGGAUUUGGCAUGUGGACAAAAUUGCAUUUGACUGGCAUGCAUAUUGAAGCAAAGGUUUUGGUUGGUGUAAAAUUUCUGCAGAAUUGGCCUUUCCUUCAGCGUAUACGGCUAUGCUUUGUGCAACCCCCAUACUUUCAGAUGAUUGUCAAACCUAUUUUUAGUCAUGGCCUUGACGUUACAGAAGUUCCAGGGAUUGCUGGAUGGCUAGAUAAAGUCCUCGCUAUGGCCUUUGAGGAGACACUGGUGGAGCCCAAUAUGCUUGUCGUUGACUUGGAGAAACUUGUCGGAUCAACAGAAAGUGCAUCAACACCAGAAGGUGGUUGGUUCUCUGUGGAUGAAAGAAAGCCUAUUGCUUAUGCAAAAGUUGAAAUAAUAGAAGCAGAUAAUAUGAAGCCAUCUGAUCCGAAUGGGUUAGCCGAUCCAUAUGUGAAAGGCCACAUGGGCCCAUACAGGUUCAAGACAAAAAUUCAGAGGAAAACAUUAGCUCCAAAAUGGCAGGAAGAGUUCAAGAUCCCAAUUUGUACGUGGGAGUCUCCUAAUGUCCUUGAGCUUGAAAUCCGGGAUAAAGACCUGUUUUUGGAUGACACUCUUGGCAACUGCUCUAUAAUUGUCAAUGAUCUCCGGGGUGGACAGAGGCACGACAAAUGGCUGUCUCUGAAAAACAUCAAGAUGGGCAGGCUGCAUAUGGCAAUAACUGUAGCUGAAGUAGAUCCAACUGUGAAGCAGGAGGAAGUAGAUGCAAAUGACCAAGCAUGGAGUCAAAGUGGGGAGGGGGUCCCAGUGGAUAAAGACAUGGCUCGUCAAGAACCCGGUAAAACUGAGACUAAAGAAUAUCUUAGUAGAGUGGCAGAUAAAUUUGAGCAAAUCAAUGUAGAAGGCCAAAGUGAUUCAUGCAUCUGGGUUCAUCAACCAGGAAGUGAUGUCUCUACUACUUGGGAGCCAAGAAAGGGGAGAAGUAGAAACCCGGAAACUGAGAUCCCUCGCGAAGGUCCAGGCACUCCAGAUAGCCCAGCCUGUACGGGUUCAGUUCGCAAUGACAACAGUAGCGAGGAAGAAGAGAUACUAAACCAGAAUCAAAAGCCCAUUGAUUCAAUCAAGAGGAAGAUGGUUUCACUUUUCUCUAGGGAUAGAAAAACAGAUGAUACGAAGAAUAGCAAAGAAGAUCUGUCAACUCCACGCCCCAACCUGAAGGCCGAAGGUGAAAAGGGCAACGGCGUCGUGCUUGUUCUGGAUGAUGUUCCUGAAGACUUCAAAGAACAGCUGGCAGGAAAUAAAACAGGUAAAGAGGGUUCUACCCCGCAGAAAUGUGAGGCUGAUAGCUCUCCUAAGAAUGCAAAGAACGUGGCCAAAAGCAUCAUCAAGCACGCCGGGAAAUCUGCACAUCAAUUGAAACACAGACUGAGCAAGAAGAUAUCUUCCAAAUCAAGGUCGAGCACGAAUCCGGAGGGUUCUGAUAAGUCCAAUCUGUCUGAUGAAGAAUCUAAUACAGGCCUAGAAGGAGAUAGCCCGAAAGCAGAGGACCUUCCUGUCGAUCCUGUUUUGCAGGAGUGCUUCCCUUUUAACAGCAGAGGCCAUGAUGGUUCACCAGUACAGUCCCCGCUCCUUCCUGAGCAUGUUGUGAAUUCUCGGGUGUCAGUAGGUUCUUGUGAAGAGUCUAGCGGACUCCGCAGGAAUGCUUCAAUUUCCAGGAAUUCAUGUUAGCGAUGAAAUGAAGUUGUUAAAAGGAGGCUCGGGUAGGCAGUCUUCUGAGGGCAUUACGAACGUGGUUGUAAAAGAUGCAGUCGUGGUUAGUAGUCCAAGGACUUGCUGAGACGUUAGCUUCGUUUGAGGGUGAUCUACUCGCUCCGAUCCUGUGCAAGUUAUUUGCUCAAUUCUUGAGCAUGGUUUUGUCUAUACGCGGUUAGAUCAAAGGUAAAGGACGCAUACGACCAUGCACAUAAGUCGGUCACUAAAGUUUCCCUUGGGACACCGUGUACGAAAGUAAGUUAUUCCUGCCAAUGCAUCUCCCUUUGCUGAA